AUGGGAGAAGCAAACGAGAAUAGAAAUAGAAGCAGCAGCAGCAGUAGAAGUAGCAGAGCAAUGGAAAGUCUUUCUUUAGAAAUAAACAGGUAUCCAAGAGAUCUGUUACAAAGAUUCAUGUCAAGUGAUGCACAGCAAUUUAAAACAGCAACAGGCGAAGGAGAAGAGACAGAGGAGAUUGAGUUAAAUCUUGGGCUAUCACUUGGUGGAAGAUUUGGGGUUGAUAAGACUUCAAAGAAACUAAUGAGAUCAUCAUCAAUAGCUGGUUCAAUACCAUUGUUGAGAGACCACGAUGCUUUAAGUACACCUCCUGUAUCUUAUCCUCCUCUCAUGAGGACUUCUUCUUUGCCUACAGAGACAGAGGAGGAGUGGAGGAAAAGAAAGGAAAUGCAGAGUUUGAGAAGAAUGGAAGCCAAGAGAAGGCGAAGUGAAAAGCAAAAGAAUUUGAGAGGAGAGUUGAAUUUAGAGGAAGUUAAAUUGAAUAAAGGGAAUUGGGUGCCAACGUGGGCUAAUAAGCAGAUUGGUGUUGUGAACAGGAGUGGUAAUUUGGCAGGGCAACAGCAGCAGCAAGGGUCACAAGGGUCUGUGGAGUCUCUGGGGGGAGCUCUUCUGGGUUGUCAGAAAUGGAGAGCAAGUCUGUUCAAGGGAGUUUCUGGAUUGGAUUGGAAUGAUGGUUUUAUUUUUGGUGUUUGUUUUGCUGUUGGAUUUUGGGCUGGACGCUAA